AUCUGUGGGUGUUAAGGCGAAUAUUGUUACUAAUCAGUGGCUAAUGGGGAUGUGUUUGUUAUAGGUUAUGAACAGCGGUUAGUUCGCAUAGGUUUUUGUGUGGGAAGAUGGACUUUGAUAUAAUUUUAUCUUUACUGGAACAGUGAUUUGUGUGGUUUCUGUACAUUGAUGUUUCAACAGCACAGAACGCGAAAUUUGACUGUCUCUUGUCUGAACCCCGAAAGUUCGUAGUAACUAGACAAAGUCUGCUUUGUAACCGUCAGGUCCCGAAUAUCCAGCUGCCCUAUAUGCUGAGUUGUGUGAGCCCGCACCUCUUUGAACUACUCAAAAGACUAUUUGGUACCGUUCAUGACACAACAAUGGAAAGUCUGCGCAACCUGCAGUCCUACCCCGUGCUCAGGAUGAAGUGUUCUGUGUCACAUGACAGUGAUGUUACGCAUGAACGAGUGGCUUUAGAUGGUGAUUUUUUAAGCUAUGCCCCUGAUGAAGAUGACAGGGUGGGUGUGUACAUUGCUGGACACCCUCUGACACCUGACACCUGUUACUAUGAGACUGAAAUCAUAGAUACCGGUAUGGAUGGCAGCAUCUCAAUUGGGUUAUGUUCAAAACGAUGUCCACUGGAUGUGCACAUCGGUUGUGUAGCAGAGUCUAUUGGACUGAUGACUGAUGAUGGGAGCCUUUACAGGGAGGGAAGCAAGGGAACACAACUGUGCACACGAUGUGAGUGUGGGGACCGGAUAGGAUGUGGAAUUAGGUUUGACCAACUUACAGAAGGAAGAGGAGAUGCAAUUUGUAUGAUGGUUCCUGUGUACUUUGUCCGAAAUGGGAAAGAAUUAGGCACAAUGUUAGUGUCACUACCUAUGGGAGGCCUGUACCCUGCAGUAGGAAUGCACUCAAUUGGAGAAGAGGUACGGCUGUUUCUGGGUUUGAAUUGGGUACCUGAAGAGGACAGUCUCAUGUCUGUAGACACCAAUGAGGAGGAAUGGUAUCGGCUCAGUGAUAUUCGGCUCAAUGGACAGGUGCUGGAAUAUACAGGGCGUGGAAAGAGUAUUAUAGAUGUUGGACUGGCACAAGCAAGGUCACCCCUGAACACAACCAUUCAUUAUUUUGAAAUAGAAAUUGUUGAUCCUGGGGAGAGUUGCUACAUAGCCAUUGGACUCACUAGGAGAGACUACCCCAAACACAGGCAUCCUGGCUGGAACAAAGGCUCUAUAGGUUACCAUGCCGAUGAUGGGAAGAUCUUCAUUGGAAGUGGUGUUGGUGCUCCAUUUGGACCGCGCUGUCAUAAAGGCGACAGAAUGGGCUGUGGAAUUCUGUUCCCUAGAGAUUAUGUAUGUCAGUAUGACAGUGAUGGUGGCUCCAUAGAGCUCAGUCCAUCAUCCCAAACAGAAGUGGAUCUGUUGGAGCUAUCCCCCGACUCAAGUGAUAGUGAAGAUGAGGACUGGUGGAACAACGAGUGUGCCGUUGAAUUCAGCAGCAAGGUGAAGGUAUUCUUCACAAGAAAUGGCAAGACUGUGGGAAUGAGGCAAGUCCACAUCCCAAAGGGCGGCUUCUUCCCAACAAUAGGAAUGCUGAGUGUGCAGGAGAAAGUGCGAGUUGACCUGCGACCCCUGACGGGCUGAGAUCAUGUGUAAUUGUCUGAUACUGUUUUGUAUAAACAAUUCUUUAUGUGCAAUGAACAUCGCUAUUUUUUCACUCUUUAUAUCACAACUUUGAGGCAAGAAAUGUUCACUUGUACUGGCAGCUAUGAGAACUAAAUAUAGUGUGUGUGUGUGCAUGCGUGCGUGCAGAUUUA